AUGAAAUCGAUAGUUUUUAUAAUACAAGCAGAUUCUAAAAAACUUUAUGAUUAUUGGUGGUAAAAGCACUUCUAAAAAGAAAAUAGUAGAGUAAUUAAUUAGAUCUAUGAUUAUGCAACUCUAGUCCAAUGUACUAAGUUACUUUAUGUUAAUAUGAGUGUCACUUAUAAAAUCCAGAAGUGA